AUGCAAUUAUUAAACGCAGAUAACAAAGAAGUUUUCAGUGAUCAAGUACAAAAUCAUCCAAUGAUUCGUCACCUGUUGAAUCCAAUUGAACAAGAAUUAAAAAACCAAACAAAUGUAGCAAUGAAGCUAAUAGAUUUGAGAAAAAUUGCAUCGGAACAACAUGCGAGUGCUCAUCAUAAUCUACAUCCAAUUGCCGAUCAAAGAGCACUUAUUCAAAAAUAUUUACAAGAAACAUAUCCAGAAGAUUAUCAAUACAAAACUGAACUAAAAAAAAAUGGUGGACUGUUUUACAACACUUGA